AUGAUGAAUAAUCAAAGUAUGGUUAGAUAUCAAGAUGGUUCAUAUGAUUUUGGAUCAUCACCAUCUCCACCAGUGUAUAGUCCAAUUUAUAGAUCACCUCCUCCUCCUCCUCAGCCUAUGUAUGGGACUUUACCUCAAUAUCCAAGAUUUCUUGAUAAUUCACAUCAUCAAGUAAUGGAUAAUAGUGAUCAUGAACAACAACAACAACAUCAUCACCAUCAACAACAACAACAGCAACAACAACAUCAUCAUCAACAACAACAACAACAACAACACCAUCAACAACAACAACAACAACAUCACCAACAACAACAACAACACCACCACCAACAACAACAACAACAACAACAACAACUUGAUAAAUCAUAUGCACCAUCAAAUAUUGUUUCAGAACUUCAAAGAAAAAUCCAAUUUUUAGAAGAAGAAAUUUCAAGAAAAAGAGAUACAAUCGAAGGAUUACAAUCACAAGUUGCCAAAUAUGAACAAGAGAAACAGUCUGAAAAAAAGAAACAAUCACGUUAUUGGACACCUGAAGAACAUUCAAGAUUUAUUGAAGCAUUAAGUAAAUAUGGUCAUAAAGAUGUUAAAUCCAUUUCACAAUAUGUCUCAACAAGAAAUCCAACUCAGGUUCGUACACAUGCACAAAAGUAUUUCCUUAGAAUUGAUCGUGAACGUGGUAGAAAACUUGAAUCUAAAGAAUCUAUUAAUGGUGGCGCAGAUAAAGAUGAUGAUUGGUUACGUGAAGAAUAUAAUGACGAAGGUAGUCCAACACAGUAUUCUUCAUGUUCAAAUUCACCAACCACAAAUUCUGUGGCAAAUCCAUUCUCAAAUUCAUUAAUAAUAAGUAGUAAUAAUAAUAAUAAUAGCAACAGUAGUAAUAAUAAUAAUAAUAAUAAUAAUAAUAAUAAUAAUAAUAAUAAUAAUAAUAAUAUUAAUAUAAAUGGUAGUAGUGGUAGUAAUAGUAAUGUAAAUAGUGGUAACAGUAGUCCUUUAAUAAAAAGAAAAAGAGAAGCCGUUACAAUCACCGCAACCCAAGCAAAAUCUGCACUCUUAUAUAAAGAUGCAGUACUUGCAAUCUUACCAACCUCUUGGACGCCCUCAGAUUAUGAACAAUUCUCAAAAGGUUUAAUUUCAAAUAUCGAUCAAGAUGAUAUUCAUUCACUUUGUAAAUUAAUUAAAGAAAACUUUUUACCAAUGCAAUCAAUGGAAAAUAUUGAAUCUGCUUAUCAUGCUUUUCAAAAAGCAGUUUUGAAACAAAAAGAUAUAAAUAAUAAUAAUAAUAACAAUAACAAUAAUAAUAAUAUUAAUAAUAAUAAUAAUAAUAAUAUUAAUAACAAUAAUAGUAAUAAUAAUAAUAAUAAUAAUAAUACUAAUAAUAAUAAUAAUAAUAAUAAUAACAAUAACAAUACUAAUAAUAAUAAUAAUAAUAAUAACAAUAAUAACAAUAAUAGUUCAAAUAUUAAUAAUAAUAAUAUGAAUAAUAGUAUAAAUAAUAAUAAUAUAAAUAAUAAUGGGCCAAAUAGCCCAAAUCUUUUAUCAAGUCAACCCCAACAAAUUAAUCAACAAAUUAUACAACAACAACUUUUGAAUAAUAAUAAUAAUCAAAAUAGUAAUCAAAAUAAUAAUAAUAAUAAUAAUAACAACAACAAUAAUAUUAUUAAUAAUAAUAACAAUAACAAUAAUAAUAGUAGUAAUAAUAAUAGUAAUAAUAAUAAUAAUAUUAAUAAUAACAAUAAUAGUAACAAUAAUAAUAAUGGUAAUAAUAAUAGUAACAACAAUAAUAACAAUAAUAAUAAUAAUAAUAAUAAUAAUAAUAAUAUUAAUAAUAACAAUAACAACAAUAAUGGUAAUAAUAUUAAUAAUAACAAUAACAACAAUAAUAAUAGUAGUAAUCAAAUAAUACAACAACAACAACAAGUCCAACAACAACAAAUGCAACAGCAACAAAUGAUGAUGCAAAACCAAAUAAUACCAACUCUACCAAUGCCAUCACCUCAAUCACAAGUUUUACAAUCACAAUUCCAGCCACAACAACAAAUGCAACAACAAAUGCAAAUGCAAUAUCAACAACAACAACAACAACAACAACAACAACAACAACAACAACAACAACAACAACAACAACAACAACAACAACAACAACAACAACAACAACAGCAACAACAACAACAACAGCAACAACAACAGCAACAACAAAUAUAUCAACAAAAUUUAAAUAGUAAUAGUGGAAAUUCAUCUCCAAAUAUUUCUAGUAUAAAUGGCGAUUUUGUGAGAUCACCAAAUUAUAAUAAUAAAAAACGACCACCACCUGUAAAUGUAUCAAGACCUGAAUUUCCAGUUACACCAUUAUCAGGUUCACCAUCUCAUUCACCUGCCCAAUCACCACAUUAUAAUUUAAAUAAUGGAAAUAAUAAUAAUGGUAAUGGUAGUAGUAAUAGUAGUAGCUAUAGUGGUAAUCAAUCACCAUUGGGUUUAGUUCCAUCACCAUCAUUAUCACUUCAUCCACCAUCACCUUUAAUAACUUCACCAACUUCUCAUUCAAUUCGUUGGCCUGGCCCAUUAAAUAAUACUUUAAUGUAUGAUUAUAGAAGAAUGGAACCAAGUCAUGGAAUUAAUUAUGUUCCAUUACAACAAUCUCCUCAUGCUCCACCACAACAAUCUCCACAUUUUAAUAACAAUAGUAACAACAAUAAUAAUAACAGUAAUAAUAAUAGUAAUAAUAGUAAUAAUAAUAGUAGCGGUAGUAGUGGAAUCAAUAUAAGCGAUUUAAAUAAUAGCAGUGAUGAAAAUAAUAAUAGUAGUAAUAAUAGUAGUAACGGAUCAGGUUCAUGGCAUCAAUAUCAAGCAACGGACUCUCCAACUGGUUGGGGGAUGAACCAAACAAUAACAGCUUUUUCAAAUACCUCACUUUCUAUAAAUAACUCACAAAGUUAA